UCUCGCGAGACCGCGGCCGCUUCCGGGAGUCGCGGAGCGAGGCGGCGGGACGGCGCUCGGGAACCUUCCCGCACGAGUGGCCGUCGCGACUCGCGGGCCGUGUGGCCGCUGGGGGACCCGCAGUCGGAGUGGGACGGGGACGCCUCCCCCGAGAGGUGGAAGAGGACGGGCUUUAGGCUGGAAGCGCCCUAGGAGGAGCCACUUUGCAGGAUGGCUGAUCUGGUCUUGUGUGAACCAACCGAGCUCUAUAACAUCUUGAAUCAGGUCACGAAGCUCUCCAGAUUAGCUGAGCCCAACUACCUCUGUUUACUGGAUGUUCGAUCCAAACGGGAGUAUGACGAAAGCCACGUGAUCACAGCCAUCCGAGUGAAGAAGGUGUGCGGGCUGGGGGCGGGCCAGAGGGGCCCCGAGUUUCUCAUGCUGGAGUCGGUGGACCUGGAGUGCGUGAGGUACUGUGUGGUGUACGACAGCAACACCAGCUCCCUGGAGGUUCCCUUGAAAGAUGGUGAAGACGAAGACGACGAAGACAACGCAGACUCUGAGGAUUCCAUCCACGGGCUGGCGUCCGGAGCGGCCGUGCAGUAUGCCCGGCUUCUCGCCCACCUCACCCGUCACCCCAUCCUCAUCCUGAAGGGGGGCUACGAGCGCUUCUCGGCCCGCUACCACUUCUUCCAGACGCAGAAGAUCAUCUGGAUGCCCCAGGAACUGGACGCCUUCCAGCCGUACCCCGUGGAAAUCCUGCCAGGCAGGGUCUUCCUGGGCAGCUUCUCGCAGGCCUGCGACCCUAAGGUUCAGAAGGAUUUGAAGAUCAAGGCGCACGUGAAUGUCUGCAUGGAGACCGGGCCCUUCUUCAGAGGCGACGCGGGGAGGCUCCUGCACAUCCCCGUAGAGGACUCCCUGGAAGCCGAGAUGCUCCCCUUCCUGCGCCACCUCUGUCACUUCAUCGAAGCUCACCUCCAGGUCGGCUCCGCCGUCCUGGUCUUUUCUACCCGAGGGAUCGGUCGUAGCUGUGCUGCGGUCAUAGCCUUCCUCAUGCACGAGAACCAGGAGACCUUGAAGGGACUCGGAAGACUCACGCGAGUUGGCGGCAGCGGCGUUCACAGCACCCAGCGGGGGAGACGGAAGUGUCCUCCAUCGGGUGGAAGAGUGGUACAGAUGUGGCCGAUGUGCAGUGGAAUAUUAUUCAGCCUCAAAAAAGGAAAUUCUUUUAAGAUUUAUUGUAUUUUUUUAAGGUUGAUUUUAUUUGGAAAGCAGAGAGGCAGACAGAAAUGGAUCCUCUGUUCACUGGUUCACUCCCCACAUGGCUGUGACAGCCGGGGCUGGGCCAGGAGCCCAGAGCGCGCUCCGCAGUCUCCCACAUGGGUGGCAGGGGCCCAAGUGCUUGGGCUGUCACCUAACGCCUUCCGGGUGCCUUAGCAGGGAGCUGGGUCAGAAGCGGAGUAGCCGGGACUCGAACCAGCGCCCUGAUACGGGAUGCUGGGGUUGCAGGAGGCAGCGUAACCUUGACGACGUGAACCUCGCCCUUCCCACGCGAGGGCCAUCAAAGCGUCCACCUGAGGACUCCCUUUGGACAGGAGAGCUGGGGUAGCAAAGCCAGUGACAAAAAGCGAACGGCGGGCUCCAGAGGCUGGGGGGGCGGGGCGAGCUGGUGUUCAGCUUGGGGAGACAAGACGAUGGAGUUUGGUGACAAUACUGGUAGCUCUUACGUGGCGAGUGUUUUACCACAUUUGGAAGAAUGAAAUCUGCACUGAGGGCCCGAGGGCCUUGCCGCGCCCUGUCGGGGUGCAGUUUGCUUGAUUGGCUUGUCGUGGAGGGGAGUGGGGUUACUGAUGCAGCAAGGUCGGGGGAGGAGCCUCUGUGCAGGAGUGGCUCUCGCCCCCUCCCCAGGAAUCUGUCCCGGAGGGGCCUCUUGGCUGUUUGGGAGCUGGCUCCUUCCCCGCUGGUCUGCUGGCACAACUUGCCACACACACACACACAUACACACACACACACCUGCUGCCGCAGGGCCCUUGGGAGUUCCCGGGCGCUGAGCCCCCUGGAGUGGCAGAGGAGCAGAUGAGUGACCCUCACCCAGUGCCUGCCCCGCUGGGCCCCCGGCACGAGGAGGUCUUGAGCGUCCUCCAGCCCUGAUGGCCAGUGUGUGCUCCAGCAGGUCGCCGUGCUCACUCUCCCUGGCCCCACAAGAAAGCGGGGGUCACAGACUGCUCGCCCGGGCUGGCUGGGGCCAGUGCAAAGUGGGCUCCUCCUCCCGCAGGUCCGAGCCCCGCCCUUUCCUGUCCCCUGCUUGUCACUGGUCCUUCAGUGAUCAGCGAGUGAGCGGUCCCUGGCCCCUGAGGUCCGGGUGGCCCUGCUCUCGGGAGGAACCCGGGCUCGGGAGGCACGUUGCCAGACCUCACGUCCAGAGAUGCAGUCUGAAUAGCUCUUGGCCAAAGGCGUUGAGCAGCCCGCAGCCGUGUGGCCAGGGAGGGCUGCCCCCUGCCCCCUGCCCCCUGCCCCCUGAGGUGGUUAGCUUUCCCUGCUGCCAGGCUUAGCUGUGAGGAUCCAAGCCCUUGGGGAAGAAGGGUGAGGGCUGCCCGUGCCCAGUAUCCUGCUUCCUGGGGCCCCAGCUCUGCUCCUCAGUGGCUAAGGCCAAGGGUGGGGGCAGGGAGGGAGUCCGCUGGCCCCUGUGACCUGGGCUUCUGAAGCUUUGGUGUGAGGUUGUGUGGGAUCCCAGAGCCAGCAAGCCCUUAAGAAAUCUAUCACGGUGCUUUCAAACUGCCCAGGGUACCUUUGUCCCCUCCAGGGAUUCGGAGAAAAAGCCCGGAACUCCCAGGGCGCUAGAGGGGUUCACACCAGGCCGCUGUGGUGGAAUGAAAACAUCCACACGGGCCCUGCGGCAGGGGGACGGCCUUGUCCAGGGGCCUGAUGGCCUGGCUGCAGAGCCUGGGCUGGGAACAGGGCCCGGAGAGGGCGGGGAGAGCCCUGCCUUUGCCUGGUGUGACCUGGGCAUGUCCCUUCACCCUCCGUCCCCUCUGUAGGCAGAAUGGGGCCAACGGCACCUGUCCAUCCCACCCGCUGCACCUGCUUUAUGGGCUAGAGGGGGUGUAUGUGGUCCUCCCACAAGGGUCUGUUUGGCCUGUCCAGGACUUACUAAGCCGUCCAACUGCACAGCUCUGCCCCCAGGCUGGCUUUAUUAUUAUUAUUAUUUAAAUGGUAAAAUACAUUUGACAUUUACCAUCUUAACCAUUUUUAGUGUACAGUUCAGUAGUAUAAAGUUCAUUCAAGUUGUGCAACCAAGCUCUCUCAUUUUGCAAAAACUAAAACUUCUGUAACAAUUA